CUGGAAAUCCCCCACCUAGUGGCUAUAACCCCGCCCUGCAGUUCAGCCACACACAGAGGCCAUUAAACACUACUUGAGAACAGUCGACGCGUCCGAAUCGAGCGAGCAUCCCUGCUAAACGAUCCCAUGGCCCUUCACAGGAACACAAACCAAAUGGAUUUUAACCGGGAGUCCAAAGAAGGGAAACCGUCGACGGAAGAGCGACUCGACAGCGGCAUCGACUCCCUCAAAGAAGAGGACUACCGGGCUGUAGCAGAAGAGAUAUGUCGCCUGCACAUCGAAUGCGAGCCGUCGCCACAAAAACAGUUAAAUUAUGGAGCCGCCGAGAGCCAAGAAUGGAAAACGCAAGUCACCGAGGACGGGGACACGCUACUCCACUUGGCUAUUAUCCACGAGGCCAAGGACUGCAUCAGAAAAAUGAUCCAGCUCUCCAAGAACACAGACUUCCUCGACUUCCAAAAUGACCAGCGGCAGACACCUCUUCAUUUAGCAGUCAUAACAAACCAGUCAGACGUGUGCCAGCGCCUCCUGGCCGACGGCUGCGAUCCCACGUUGGUGGACGAUGGCGGGGACAUGCCGAUCCAUAUCGCCUGUCGCCACGGGAACCUGCCCUGCUUUAGCGUCCUCACGCAGUUUUGCCGUCAGGAGCAUCUUCAAAAAAUGAUGACGGCAUGCAACUACCAAGGUCAGAACUGCCUCCACUUGGCCUCGGUUCACGGUUUCCUCUCGAUGGUGGAGAGUCUCGUGGAUCUGGGAGCUGAUGUUGAUGCAAAGGAGCAGCGCAACGGCCGCAGCGGGCUGCACCUGGCGGUCGACCAGCAGAACCUGGCGUUGGUCAAACUGUUGCUGAAGAAAGGAGCAGACCCCAACCUCCUGACAUUCGGCGGUCACACCCCUUUCCACCUAACCUACGGUCGCGGCAACGACGACAUCAAAAGGGAACUGUUCUCGUUGACCCGUCCCGACCUGAGGGAGUUACCCGACAGCGAAUCGGACGACAGCGAGGACGAAGAGGAUGCAGAAUCGGACGACGAGGUGCCUUAUGAUGACAUCCAGUGGAAUGGCCACUAGCAGGAAGAAAUGAAAUGUGACCAAGAGGAUGAAGUUUAAAAGAAAAGGCCUCGGGAUAUCUACUAGUUGCCUCGUGGUAUAGCGGAAGGCGUACAGACGUCUUGUGACACAAACAGUGGACAGCAAAGAGAUGCAGAAAAGAUAAGAGGCAGCUGUAGGAGCUUAUUAAACAGAGGGGCAGCACAGCGGGAGCGCAUGGGAACGCGCCGUUCGAGCAUGCGGCUUGUUUUUAUGGCUGCCAAUCAUUUACAAGCAGCUCUCUUGUAUCAUAUUGUAAAUGCUGUGUAUACAAAGAUGUAUUUUCUAUGGAAGCUGUGACUGUGUACAGUAGAACAGGUUGUAAAUGUUAGACAGCAAAACUCCAUUUAAAUUAAAAACUCAUAUUUAACAGUAAAAAGUGGUCUAAGCAAUGCAUAUGUACAGAAACAUUGCAUUUAACAGUAGUACUGUCUGUGAACGCCCAUCUUCUAAUGCCACUGACGGUGCUGGAUGUCUAAUUCAUUUUGACUGGGUGCGCCAUCAAUGAGUUAAGUUUCGAUUCUUCAUUAUUAGAUAAUUCCCCGUAUUGUCAUGCAGCAAAGGCUGAGCUGGAAUGAGGAACUUGCCACGCAUGGACAUGAAACCUUGGUGGAAUUUUGUUUGCAGAAUGAAGAUUGGUUAACCAGGAAGCUUUGGGGUGUGUGAGCUAACAGGAAAUUCCUAAGAACACUCAGCUGUUCAUCGCAUUCCAUCCUCUGGUGCUCCAAAGAAGGGAAUCUCUGCCUAACAGGAUGUUUCAGUCAAGAUAAAAGAGGGGGUUUCAAGAGUUUCGCUAUGAGAUUUCACAAUAGUCUUUGUUCUGCUCUGAAAUUUACCAAAAAUGCCAGUUGUCAUGCAUACAUAUAAUUUUGGGUUUGUGUAUUUUGUUCACGGCAGUCAUGAAGUCUAAUGAAUAGAAUUUUUUUGUUCAUCUGUAUUUUAAUGUGCACGUUCAAGGAAUUCUAGUAAGGCACAGCCAUUUCUGCGGGACUUCAUAUGAACACCUGUCUUCAGUGUCGUCAUAGGGGAUAUGCCACGUCUCCCCCGAAGUCUGCACUAUGGUGUCGCAGCUGGGGACGCUCUGAACAUACAAACACAUUGAAUAUAAGUAUCUCCAAAUUCUCUCUCGUGUCCUCUUCUUCCUCACCUGAAAUCGGACCCUCCUCCCUGCCGCAAUGCGUCCGUACGCGACCAUCUGAUGGCCCCUUUGCCAUUUGAAGAAAAGUCGCCUGGUGGCUUCGUCCGGCAAGCAUGCCUUGUGAUCUCUCAUCAGGUCUUUACUCACGAAGCGACAGUGGUUCCCCGAAUGCAACGUUGCGUAUAGCAAGAAGGGGUCAUCUUCUGAUCUGAUGGGAAGAGAAGAAAACGCUAGUCUGUAAAUAAAAAAGUUGUAACAACAGAGUGUCAUUUAAUCUUACAUGUUGUCAGUGAAAAAGCAAUGAGCUUUCUGCUGGAUCAGGUUCAUGUUUUGUCUGGACCAAGAUCUGGAGGGCUGCAACAUGUGUUUCCUCCCCAGCACUAGCACAGUCAGACCCUGUAGCUUGAGCUCCGAGACAACCGCCAGCAACUAAAAACAUACACAAAACCUAUAUUAGCUCAUUGACGGAGCUAGACAUCCAAACCAUUUGAAGUGGUUGGACGUCUAAUGGUAAUAAACCCAUUUAAAUUCACCUCAUCUGUGACAUAUAUGCCGUCAUUUUCGGACUAAAAGCCGCUACUUUUUUCAUCAUUUUUAAUCCUGCGUUUUAUAGUACAGUGCGGCUUAUUUGAUUUAUUUGGGUUAAUGGGCAACACGUGCCUCUUAGCAUGCAUUGCAGCGCUACAGAUGUAAAAAUUCAUGUUCUCUUCUAAUUAUUUAUUCAGGUACUGUUCCAGUUGAAUUAAUUGCUUGCUAUGGUAUUUGGUAA